CGUUCUUUGAAACGCCGCAUUAAAAACAAUUGCACAAAAUAAAUUGUUUAUAAUCUAUGAUUCAUUAAAAUUAAAACAAAUGAAUAUUUUAUGGAUGUAUGUUUGAAUAUUUUAUCUAUGAUUACUAUGUAGUAUGUAGUAUAAAACAUUGUGUUAAAUAUAAACAUAAACAGAACUAAAUAUUAGGUAAAAAUUAAAACAUUUUUUAAUAAAUAAAUAAUGCAGUCGUCAACAACAACAUCGAUACCAACGUCGACAUCGUCACAAUCACAAUUAGCCGCUGCACUUCUUGGAAAUAGUACACCAACAUCGGUAACGAAUAGUGGUGUAACUGCAACAAGUACCGGUUCGACGGCUAUUGGAAGUGUAACUCAAACUGUUAUUACUGAUGAGAUAAUUGAUGAUAAAGAUGAUGUUUGCGAAGAAGAAAAUGAUGAUAUUAUUAUGGAAGAAGAUAUCAUCGACGAGGAGAAUGAUGAAAAUGAAUCACGAAGUCUAAAUAAAUCAAGUUCAACUCCUGGCGGACCAGCUGCCGUAUCAAGAACAAUAACAUUGCAAAUGUUAUUAGAAGCUGGUAUCUUACAACCUGGUAAUGGUACUAUGUCAAUAGAGUAUUUAGGACAAAGAUUCAUUGGAGACUUAUUAAUUGAUGGUAAAAUUAAAUCACAAGAAACAGAUUUAGUUUUUGCUUCCCCGUCAGCGUGGGCUAUACAUUGUAAACGUAUUAUAAAUCCUGAAAAGAAAUCUGGUUGCGGUUGGGCAUCUGUUAAAUAUAAAGGUCGUAAAUUGGAUGCAUACAAAAAUACGUGGUUUAAACGUAAACAACAAGAAGAAAUGGAUCGUGAAGAAGACUUAGUUGAUGCUGAAAUGGAAGCAGAAAUGGAACGUAUUGAAGCUAAAUUGUUAGCAACACCAGCUCCAUUACAUCGUGUUGUAAUGAAACAUAAUACGGUGCCAAAUCGAGCUUUUACUCAUGACGCAAAUACAUUGAUUGAAUGUGUACCAUUCUCGACAUUGGGUAAAAUUCAACCAUUUUUAAUUUCAAUAACAACGAACGCAUGCCUUCUAAUGGACUUUCAUUGUCAUUUAACUAUGAAUGAAGUCAGUGGUUAUUUAGCUGGCCAUUGGGAUGUUAAUUCGCAUAAUUUAAGUAUAACACAUGUCUUCCCAUGCUUAGUAUUAAACAAAAAUAACAAUAUAAUUCUCCACCAAAUUGAGAAAGAAAUACAAGAUCAAGUUGAACAAAAAAAAUUAACGGUCGUUGGAUGGUAUCAUUCCCAUCCCGUAUCAUCAGCAACUCCCACCUACAAAGACAUCGAUGUGCAAUUGGAAUUCCAAAUAAAAAUGAAAGGAAAUUGUGACUCCACAUACAUCCCAGCCGUUGGAUGUAUCGUAUCCCCUUACAAUAAUGCCAAUAACAACAUAACCGAUACAAAUUCCGAUACAAUUACAAAUAAUUUCGAAUCGAAUAUCAUAAAUUACUGGGUAAUUCCACCACCAGAACAGAAGCCAAAUGAAUAUGGUCGUCCAAUGUUAAUGUCAUAUCAAAUUAUCCAAGAUACAAUUUUAACACCACCAAUUAUGGAACAGAUGAAACAGUGUGCAGAUUUUUAUAAGACGGAUCCACGACGUGUAGAUUUUAAUAAAGUUUAUAUUGAACAGAAUAAUAUUAAAUAUUUGGAUAAAUUAAAAAUAUCGUUGAUUAACAAAUUGCCGCGUGGUGGAGAACAAUCUGAAACAAUUAUAUGGGGUUUUAUUUGUGAAUUAUUGGGUAUUUAUUUUAAUCCAAAUGAACAACCACAUCCGGUGUUAUCGAUACCGAAAAUUACACAACAACAAUCGAAUUUAAUGAUUACGUCGUCUGCAACAACGCCUUCAACAGAGCAUUUAGUUAGUGUAUUAGGUAAUAAAUUUACAACGCAAGCCUUACUAGGUCUUCCACUACCGCCAUUAUCAACAUCAACUACAACCCCAUCAACGUUAUCAUCAACAGACUUAUCGAUAAAAUCAUUAACAUCAUCAACUUUACCACCAACAUUCUUAACCCCAACUUUAUACAAUAAAAUCAUUCAACAACAUGAUGCAAUCAACCUGUUAUCAUCAACAACAUCUAUUAAAAUACCCCAAACUGAUAUCACAUUAAUAAAAUCAUCCACAGAUAAUAAUAAAUUAAUUGAUUUAAUUGAAUUUAAUAAUUUAAUUAAUAAUAAAAAUUUAUUAAAUAAAAAAGUGAUCGAUUUUACAAAUGCUAAUGAUUUAUCAAUAUCAAGUCAUCAAGUCAGUGGUGGUGGAGGUGGAGGUGGUGCAAAUGAUGAAUUAAUGAAAUUACAAUCGCAAUCGUCAUCGUUAAGUGUUACACCAGCGAUUAUCACGACUACAUCAACUACAACAACACAAUCAAAUGAUAAUGAUAAUAAGAAUCAACAAGCUCAACAGAUUAUCAAUUUGGAGCAACAGAAAUAACAUAAUUAUAAUUUAUUAAUGCGUAUUGCGCAUGCUUUAUAAUCGUAGUGAUUCAAAUAUAUAGACUUUAGAAGUGUAUAAUCAAUUAUGAUUAGCUAGGAAGUGUUAGAAGAAAAGUACUUAAGACUUUUAUUAAAAAUGCAGAAUGUUUUUUAAGAAAUUAUCUGAUUUCAUAAGACUAAAACUCAGCGUCAUUGUGAUCAAAUAGAACAUAGCCGUUGUUUUUACACAUUUUCAUUAUUGUACAAUGAAUCAAUCUUACGUCAAUAUUAGUUUUCUAUAUAGAAAAAUAGGAAAUAGGCCGGGUAUAACUGACCCUCACACCCUUCAUAGACGUGAAACGUACAAACUUCACCGAAGCCUCAGCGACACUAAAUAGAAUAGUUAAUACGAUUUUAAAACUCUAAAAAGGGUAUGCAAUUCAUCAAUAAACACGUUGUGUGUAUUAAUUUUACGUGGCUAUUGUGGCCGGGUAUAACCCACGAGCUCUUCACAGACGUGGAAAUUUCAGUCGCGAUGAUACUAAAUAGAAUAGCUAAUACGCUCAAAAAAAGUCAACGACUGCAGCUACUGUGAGCGACAAAUAACGCGUGUAUUUUGUUUUAAAAAUAUUAGAUAACCAGCAACAAUGACGCCGGGUCAAGUUUCCUUUAACGUCAGGCUUCAGUUUAAAUCACUCAAAUAUGGAAAUCGCAAUCUCAUUGAAGUGAAUAAGAAUUUAUAAACAAUAUCGACAACUUGUUCCCUCUUCGUAUAGCAAUAAUGGGUCUACAAGGUGUUCAAGACAUGCAAUGCAAAAUCUAAUAUAAUGAUCAUCGUUUUAAAAUAUAAUACUGUUUGUAAAAUAUACAGACAUACUUAAUUUAUUUUGCACUUGUUGUAGAAUACUAGAAAGACCCAAUCUAUGAUAAAUAAUAGACCAUUUUUAAAGAAAUAAUUUAAAAUAUAAAUAAUUUGGCCAUAUAAAUAAUUUUGAUUAUUUUUCAACUUCUAAGUAACUAAUUACUUGAACACACGUCGAAUAUUUCAGUGAAAUAUGAGGCUACGAAAUAAAAGCCAAUAAUAUAAAAAUUACCAUUCAAGAUUUAAAAUUGAUGUCGAACUAAACGAUUUAACUGUGUGAUUUGAGUAUGACCGAUUUGCAUAUAUACUCUAUGUUAAUCCGUGCAAUUUUUGUGACACGGAGGUACAUUGUUUUGCUCAUGAAUGUAUAUUUAUCAAUUUUAUACAUACCUAUUAUAGAAG